CCGAAGGGCGGGACCGAGCAUGCGUGAAGGGCCCCUUCCGGCCGGUGCCGCCCUCCCGCAUGCGCACGUGCGGGCAGCGGAUGACUUUGAUGAGCUUGUGGUGAGUAACGAUGAUGUUGUGCUCAGAAAUAUCGCUGAAGAUUUGCGGAAUCGUUUACCCAUCGAGGCAAUGUUUACUUCGGAACAUCAGGCUGUUCAGAAAAUACACCAGCAUCCACUGCCCAUGAUUCAUGUUGAUGCAUUCCUGUAUGAUGAUGAUGUUGUUGAUUCAUUGUGUGAGGAGGGUAAAAUGAGUAGGAGCUACUGCACAGAGUGUGGCUCAUACAAAACUGCAUCUUUAGAGUUUAUUUCGCAUUCCUUUUCCCUCAUGGAACUGAAGUUUCUUUAUCAACAUGUACUGCCUGACCUGACAGGAAAGGUAGUGGUUGACGUUGGCUCCAGGCUUGGUGCAGUGCUAUUUGCGGGUUAUCUUUAUAGCUCAGCUUCCCAGCUGUAUGGAGUAGAAAUGAAUGCAGACUUUUGCCAAUUGCAAGAAAUGAUGAUUACAAAGUACGAGUUCAUUGACAGAAUAAAGGUGGUUCAUGCAGACAUCUGUACUCAGCCCUCACUUCUGCAGAAGGCUGAUGUUGUUGUAAUGAAUAAUGUCUUUGAAUAUUUUCUUGACAGACGGGAACAGGCCAGAGCUUGGGAGUUUAUUGCUUGUAAUGUAAGGAAAAGAGGGUCCUUAUUAGUGACAGUUCCAAGUCUUGAGGAAUCACUUUCAAAGCUCCAGACGGAUGUACAGCUCAGUCAAUGGGUCGAAGAGGUGCAGCUAAACUAUGAUGUCUGUAUGGAAAAGGAUGUUGACAGAGAAGCGCUCGAACAGAUACAUUUAUACAAGAUUCUCUAGGAAAAAUUUACUAGACAUCGAGGAGCCAUGGAGAAUUAAUACAGCAAGUCCAGGAUGAUGGAACUCUUUUCCUGCACUUCUGCUGUGGAUGGUAGGAAGUGUAAUAAGGGGUUAAGAAGCUGAAAAUUCUGAACAGGUGUCAUGGCUUAGCAGAGGCUUGGUGGUGGCGUAAAACAGUGGAAAUUCAUAACAGAGCCUCCUCAGAGAGAAAAGAUCCACAUACGCCCACCACAUUUAUAUUUAGAUUUUACGUUCUAAGGAUGUAAAACUGUAAGUCAGCUGAAGAAUGUUUCGGGUUUUAGCAAACAUUGACAAACCCAAGUGCAAAAAUACUAACUUCAGGAGUUUUGGAUUAAAUGUGUUGUGAAUUUAGAAGCAUUGUUAAAAAGUUUGCUGCACAACUUAUGUCUAGUGUGAAUGGGAUAACAUUAAAUUGGAUUUCAGUCUUCAAAUGAGGUAUAGGUCAGUGACUUUGAUAAUACAUGCAAAAAGGAUCCAUGGCACUUAGGCACUCACCAACACAGUAAAUAAAUGGGACUGUAGAAGGGAUAAUGAAUUUUAAGAAGCCUUUCUUUCAUGGCCUGUUCAGAGUGGAAGAGGAUGUUUUAACUUGAGUGAUACUGAACCACUGCUCAAAUAUUGUGUUGAACUUAUUCCUCGUGCAUUUAAAAAUGAAAAAAGAUGGAAAGCUUUUUGUAAAACAUUUAUUUUGUUGGUUACUUAGUGGUCAGUGAGACAAGUACCCCUAGAAAAGAAGCCUAGGAGAGGCUAAGCACAGGGUGGAGGGGUAAUGCAAGACUAAUAGAUCUAAUAAGGAGAGAAUAAAAAUGAAGAAAAGAAAUGCAUGCGCAGUUCAGAAUGAGGAAAUGAGCACUGUAGUGAUCAGUACAGUGGAAGCUGUGACUGGAGUGUAUAAAUAGGCUUCUAUAAAAGAAAAACUGAAUGGGUCAUAAAAUGCUACUUCAUAACCCUACUACCAUGUUGGAAUGUUUUUUACUUUUUCCAGAGGUCCUGUGAGAUCUCCCGAUUGCCUGGGCUCAUGAUACUGGGUAUGAUCUGUGCUCUGCACCUUGUUUUGGUAAUAUGGGAACUACAACUUUCAUUGCAGUUGUUUCCCCUCUUCAUGCUGAGUCUUCAAAUACUUUUUUUGGGUGUUGAUCUCAGAUUAAAAAAAUUUCAAUAGGCUGGAGCAGAUCACCAGCAUAUUUAAUGACAUCUGUAUCCUCUGACUCUGAAAAUAGCAUGCACGCAUCUGGAGCUCAUAUGCAACAGAGGGUGCAAAAGGGAAGCUCCCCCUGUCUUUUUUAGACAUCAGGAGAAAUUCAAGAGGUAAGUUCAAGCUGCUGAAAUGUGUGUUUUCUCUCCCACCCUAGAUGGGUCCUCGGUUAAAACUCUCACAUUGACAUGUUCCCUGGGAAGAGGUGGUGGUAAUUCAGUUUGACUUUAUCAAACUGAUAUUAAGAGAUAUAACUCCUCUGUCCUUUUAGAAGCCUCUUCCUAACUUGACUUCAUAGGGGCAGAGAUCAUAGCGCCAUUCUUAAGGAUGUUAUGAGCUGAAAAGCUAGCGGCUAGUGUAUGAAGGAAGGUAGUAAUUGUCUCUUUUCCAGCUGGCCCCUUUCAGUCCUGUUGUACAUUCCCACACACAAGGGAAGCAAAGGUAAAGUGUGAUGUGGUUUGCAAAACCUCGUGUGAAAGGAGGCAAAUCAGUCCUCCCUGUGGACACUCAGAAGACCUCAGACGUCAGCUGAAAUCCUCCCAAGAGUGUGUGUAUUGCCUCAACUCAGGUUUUGCUUGUUCAGCUUGAGGAAGCUGCCAGAGUAUAUUCAGCAUGUUGAGUCCUUGUUCUUAGUUCUGCUACUGUUGCAUUGCAUGGUAUUUGGCCAGUGACUGAACUUUUCUCUUCCUUGGUGUCUACAGUGAAAAUGAGAACAACAAAUUCAAAAACAGAGCAAGGUUGUGAAUUAAUUGAAUAUCAACUGCUUUGAGAUUGUCAUAUAAAAAAUGCUAAAAGUCGGAGCUCUUCUUUGUAAAGUGACCUAAUUUAAAAGACCUGAAAAGGCAAAGAUAAUAGCAGUACCUCUCUGAGAUACUUUCUGGCUCUUUCCUUCACCUGACAGCAUUGAAAAGGAAGCACAGAUUAACCAAAGUGCAGUGUUGAAAAUGCAUAAAUAAUUGUUUUCUAGUGCUCUCAGUUUUUACACAGCCCUUGCUGUUAGAUGGCCCCUGGUGUUAGGAGGAAGGGAGAAGGGAGAAUCUACACCCAGAUUUUGGGGCCUGUGUGCAGGGCAGCACUGUGACAGCUGCUGGAGAUGUCAGGAUGGCUGCCACAAGCUGCCAGCCGGAGCUGCUCACUGCCCCACACAGCUCUGGGGCUGCACAGCUGGUGUGUGCUGCGACUGCUGAGACACAGCUCUGGAUGGCCUGACAGAGGUCCCAACCCCAACUACAGCAGCAGUACACUGUGGUCAUGAACAGCUUGUAAAUCACAAAAUUUCACUUUUGUAGGCUGAAUUAGAAAAAAAUUACUGAGGGAGAUGCACAUCUGCAGUGUUUAUAAUCACCAGGAGUUCUUGCCACACAUGGAAAGCAGCUCUGCUAUUCCCCAGUAGCAUAACUUCCCAUGCAGUACCUGGUUUCUGCAGAAAGAGCUAUCUGAAAUUUGAACCCAUCAAGAACUAGUAGUAGUAGUAAAGGAAGUACUCAGUAAAAAGAAAAAAAAAAGAUUCUGGAUCUACUGCAGUAGCCCAAAAAAAAGGUUAAGCUAUAAGAAUGAUAGAUUCACUUUGCAGACCGGCAACGUUGCAAAUAUCUUUACUUGAGGCUUUGUUUUCAAAAAAUCACCAAAUGCCUAAUUAGAAGAGCCUGUCUCUCAAAGAUGUGUCGUUUUCCAUGUGCCUUUUUUCACAGUAAGCAAUGCUGGAAGGGGCUAACGACGCAUGCUUGGGAAAACUUGACAGUGGAAAAAGAUUGAAGAAACAAAUCCAGCUGCUUCCCUCCUCAUCAUCUGUAUCCUCCUCUCUUUCCUAGGUUUCUCCUGUCUCUUGUCUCUUCUCAGCUGUCUUUUCUCUCCUGCUGCCAGUGCCAGGACCAGCCCAUGGUGCAUUAGGAGCUGGGCCUGAGUAUGGCUGCAGCCUGCACGUUUUCUCUGUUACUGGAAGACAAUAAUAGAAAAUGUGACUGGUUACUUCGGCUGAGCAACUUCUAGGGUUCGCUGCAGGCUGGAGUAAUGACAGAAACAUUUUUAAGGGGCUGCUUUGUACUCUCCAGGAAUUCCUGGUGGGGACUCCAGUGAAAAGAGCAGACCCUGUUCCAUCUCAUCUCUGAGGCCUCACAACCGCCUCAGGCUCUGGCUGCCCCCUGCCCACCCGUGGUAAAGCAGGAGUUGACAUGCACAAUGCCAGUACUCUUUGCCAGCAUUUUAACAAAUGACUUCUUAUAGAUUCUUGGACUGUCAUGAGCCCUCUGCAGUAGAGAGGGUUGUAUUUGUAGAAAAAAGUGGGAGAAGAAGGCAGUGCUGCUUUUCCAACAAAUGCACGUUAAAUGCUCCUGGAAAUGUCUAUACUUCCACUCAUUUAUUAUUUGAGAACAGAUUAACAUGGCAGUUUUUGGGGAAGGAAGAGAGAUGGAACAUCAUGCUUAAGUGCAUAUGUUUUGUAAAUCCCUGUGCAGAAACUCAGUGCAGCUUGUAUCUCUUAAAAAUCGACAUGCUUGUGUCACCCUAGAGUUUCCAACAGGAACAAGGUAGCAGUGUGCCGGAAGGCUUAGAACUGAUCAUCUUGAGUCCCUUGUAGCUUCUAAUGUAGGAGUUCUCUAUGUGAACACAUGCUGGAGUCAUUCCCCAUCCAACAAAGAGAGAUUAAAAUCCUAAACCCAGAAGUUCGCUAUUAAUUAUAAGUCUUUUGUACUUAGCAUUUGCUUUCCCUUGUUUUUUUCCUGCUACAUGAUCUGUGAGAUGUCCCAGCUCCUCCUGCAGUUGUGGUACUACUUUGCCUAUUGACCCUGUCUAGGGGAUUCCUGCAUUCAUGUUUCUCUGGAGACUCCUCUCCUUCCACUUGGUGGGACAGGAGAGGGAAACAGUUUUCAUUCUUCCAUCACAGGAUGCAUCAUACAUCCAGGUUCUCCUGAUCUGCCCCUCUCUCUGUGAAAAUGGCCAUGAGGGCUGACUUUCCAUCACCUGGCUCAAGCCCCACCAAACACCUAUAGGGCAGGUGGGGGAGAGAGGAGGGUCUGUGUCUGCUCAGCUGUGCUUUCCCAGGUUUACCCAAGCAGGGAAGGCAGCCAGCCAAAACUGGAAAUAGCAAGGAUAGGCAAAGUUGCCUAGAGAUUUCAUGCCGAAAUCUGAAGUACAGUAAUUCACCAGAGUUGCUAGCAGACCCAACAGAAAUCAGGCCCCAAUUAUCUGCAGUAUUGUGUGAACAUAUGUAUUGUGUAUGUGUGUAUAUAUAUCCACCAAUAUAAUGAGAUUCUGCUUAUCCUCGAGAGUCAGCUAUGUACACUGACAAAGGUAGAAGAAAGGAAAUAAUAUUUCCUAUCUUCCAGAUGGGGCAUUGAAUUUUGUGUGGUCAUUGUGAUUGUGUAAAUGAGGUAAUUGCAUGCACAUGGUCUGCUGUAGGAUUGGUGAGUACACUUUUUGUGGUCAGUAUUUUUACGGACUUAAAAUUGGAAGCAUGAAAAUGCAUAGCUGUUAAAAUGAAUAAUCUCCAUUUAAAAAAUGACAUUAAGAAGAUAAACAGUACACAAUUUCACUGGGGGGGAGUAAGGGAGGGAAACAGAACAUCACUGACGGCUUCCUGGCAAAACAAUUUAAGACACUAGAAUACAAGCAGCAAGCUGACACACAGAUAAAUAUUUUAAGAGCACUGCUGUAAUGAAGAAUUUGGGUGGAGCUGCUUACUUCCAACUGCUUGAACAAAGGAAAAAUUACUAAUUUUAAUACUAAGCUAAACAGAACGUUAGCAAAACAUCAAGCUUAGCAUCUUAAAAUGAGACUAAGCAUGAUGUUGCAGAAGCACUUGCCAACUAACUAGGGUUGGAUGCUGAGGAGCAGUGUUCUCUACUAGACAUCAGAGAUGCCUGCAUGUUUUCUUUCAGUCCUAUGUAAGGUGUGCAUACUGAGGAUGUAAGCAAACAAGUACAUCAGCUUUGUAAUUUUGAAAGCAUUUUGAAUAGUAAGUACAUUUCAGUUAGGAGCUGUGGCAAUUAGGGAAAAUUAUUAUGAGCUAGUAAGCUCAAGUAAUCUUGAACUACUAUGCUACACAUAUGCACUAGGGGUUUCACUCUCAGAAGUCUACACAGGAGCAUCUCGGGCAUUUCCACUGAUUUUUUCCCACUUGUGUAUGUUAGAAAGACUGGACCAGUGACUGGUAGGUCAUUGUCAGCUCUCUCCAUUCUUGCCAGGGUAAUAACCCAAAAGGUCAUCAGCAAAAAAAUUCAAACCAGAGCCAGGCAAUGAGGGGGUCGCCAAGCAUUCAAGGAUUUUAUAGUCAAAACUACCGCAUGAGUACAUGUGGUGUUGCAAUACUGUGAGCCUGUGUUUUUUAAUGCACUUACUGAAAUUAGUAAGGACCACCACUGUCUAUUUAAAAUCUCUGCGUCAUAGACUGACUCUCUACUUCAGUGUCAUCAAGGUGUCAGCCAAAAAUUCUGAAGUGGCAGUAAGAUUUGCUAGGGAAGAAUCCAAAAUAUGUUCAUCUUUUGGCCUGCUUUCGGGAAGGGGCUGAUUGUGGAGAACAGUACAUGUUGUUGGCCUUUUUUUAUUUUUAGUGACUCAUAUUUUGGACCUAAUUCCUGUUUGUCUUUCAAUGCCAAACAGAAAUUACUAUUUAGGUCAAACUGCUGUUGUGGUACUAAUAGAAGCAGACAUCAGUUUUUUUCGAUCGAUUUCGCAGCUAUGCAUUUUGCAGAGUGAAGUUCCCUCUCUAGGCUACUUCUGACAUUUAGCUGUGAUGGUGUUAAUACCAGCUUCUAGUGCUACCUCUGCCAUUUUACUUGCACACACUCAGCUGGGGAAUAUAGCUGGGGAGCUACCUUUCAGCUAUAGCUUUUUUUCCCAUGCAGGCUCUGAGUACAGCAUCUUCUGCUUCCAGAUCCAGCUUUCAGGCCACUUCAUGCUGCUGCUGCUGCAUGGUCCCAUCUCUUCCCUUUUCAGCUCUUCCUGUAAAGUGGUAUGAUCCUGCCUCUUGGCUGUCCAUGGCUGCUGCCAGCUUUGCUAUGUUCUGCUUCCCUUAAAGGAUUCUUUUCUAACUCUGACUCCCCUUGCCUCUUGCUUAAUGCUUCCUGAUGAGUGACAGCUUUGGAGAGGAGCCUCAGCUCAUGCCCAGAGGUUUUUAGCCUGUGUUCUGUGUUCUAGCCUUGACUCUGAUGCUGGUGUGUCUCUGCAGUGAGGCACCGCUUCACUGCUGCCUUGGAAUCAGUGCCUUGGGCAUGCAUGGAAAUGGGAGACCUGGUAGCUUAGCCUUCUGGCACCAGCAAAUGAGGUUGCUGCAAGUCUCUCAUCCCUACCCAUCAGGUAACAGUGAAUGGAAGUAUCUCUGCAGUACAAAGUUGACACAAUUUAAGCAUCUUCCUUUUACAAGAGCCACCACGAUCCAUUAGAUGUCCCGAGUACGGGAGUUGUUAGAUAAAAUUGAAGAGGGGUGGGUUGUUUCAGCUGCCUGCUCCACCUUCAACUCUAAGCAUCAAGACUUCUGAAGAUGGAUCCUUAAACAAAUUUAUGCACAGAUGCUCAGACCCUGACCUACAGCCAAAGAUAUGGGCUGAGAGAGAAAGUACAAAAAUGGAUUUAAGGUACCUUUGAAUUUCUGCAUUAUCUGUAUUACUUGGCUUGCUCUGAUUAAAUGAUACUUUAACUUGCUGAACAGCCAAAUAUGAGCUGGUUAGCAGUCCCAGGGUCUCUACUACCAGCUCAUGUCUAGAAGGCUAAAGUACCUCUUAAAGCUACUAUUUUCUUCCUUUCCAUCCUCAGAUUUUUCUGCAGGUAAGAGGAACCCUGAAAUUAACUGGUUUUUGUUCACUUUGAGAGGGCUUUGCUAACAGCAUGACUGAGCAUAGCCUGAUAAUUAGGAGUGGUUUUACUUACAUAGAUAACAAGAUGGUUUCUGUGAAAUUUCCCAAUCCCUUUCAAACCGAUCCUCUUUUACGGUACAUGUAUGAUAUAAAAUCCAACACUGCAUUAAUUUUUUCCUCUCUUCUUGGUUUUGUAUCUUGUUUUUGUGUUUGGUUUUGUUCAGUGAGGUUUUUUUUCCUGGUCAAUUGUUUCACCCAAACUUUGCACACAAAACAGUUGUUGCCAGCAUGAAACUCUAGUAACAAAAGGAUGUUCUUACUGCUUUGAGUUGAUAGUCGUGCUCUGAAUUAACAGAUGUUAGUUGCAGCACUCACGUUUAAUCAUAACUGUGCAUAUGGUUUAGCUCUCACAGAUAAUAGGGAUGAGUAUUUAGUAGCUAGAAAAAGGUAUUUCACUGAGACUUUGAAGCAGACCAUUCAACCCAGAGCUAAUGCCUUUCAGUAAUAAGGAUUUAUUUUAUUUUACUGUCUUGUAGCUACAGUGUUAUGAUAUCCAGACUUGGGAUUAUUCCUUCAUCCUUCCUGCAAGUGGCUGCAAAUGGCAUGGAGGGAGUGGAGAAGACAGGGCUGAUCAGAAAGUAAUUCUGUCCCCUCCCCAUGCAGGCCUUAAUAGUAGUGAAGGACCUUAGCAGAGAGGAGAGCAGACAAACAUCCUGUAUGUGUGGAUGACGUCCCUGCUCACAGCCUAAAUUAACUGUCAGAGAUAUCUAGGCUCCAAAACAAGUAUUUCCAGUGCAUGGGAAUGGGCUCACCUUGCUGCUGUGAUCACAGCACAGGAGAAACAAGCUGCAAACUUCUCAGCAUCACCAGAGCAGUCUGGUUGGAAAAGCACUGCUUGGUGCCCCAGAGAGGAGGUAAAGCCUCCAGACCCAAUAAUGAUCUGAGCCUGGUGCUUAGCCCUGUUCAGCAGUGCACCACAGCUGAGCCUUUUCAUCACUCACAGCUGUGAGCAGCCAUCUGUCUGUUGCUGCAGCCACUGGGUUUGCUAAAUCAGAGAGGACUUCUCCCCAUAAAUUCUCACUUUGCUUCUGGCAUGAUCUGGACUGAUUUCUAUCCUAGCAGAACUAUCCCAUUUCUCCCAGUCAUGUUGCCUUUACUCUUCCUACAAUGUUUUCAGAAAUGUACAUGAGCUAUCCAAUUACCUCACCCCUUGGUGAGGGAAGCUGGAGUACAGAGGUCAAUAGACUGGGAUCUCUUUCUGCCCAAACUGGUUCACCUGGAUGCUGGUACCCAACCAGUCUUGCUGUGAGGUGGGAAAGGGGCAAGGCAAGAAGGAAAAAUAGGAGAAAUCAGGAGCAGGAGGGCUUAUUCUGAAAGAAUUAGAGGAAGAUUGCUCCAUGCAAGGAGUCUGUCCCUGGGAGCUGGAGUGAUGCACAGCUGAUGGACAGCUUUCCCUUUCUCCUCUGUGUGCUCCUCAUUCCCAGGACAGUUUUGAGGCACUGGGCAUCUAGUGAAGAGGAAGAGGUGUAUUAGGGGGAAGAGAGAACAAGGAGCCGGCAGAGGACUGGCAGCACCUAAUGAGUGUGUAGCCUGGGAUAGCAGUUAACACACCUCCCUCCAUGGGGAACAGCCCUCUAUAAAGUUCUGGUCUUCCACAUCUAUGCUUAUUGGCCAGAGAAGAUCCUGAGUGCACCUCUUAUCUGUGUUUUCCACAGAAAGGCUUUCCAGAUUGGUUGUCAAGAAGGCUCUUUCCCAUCUCCACUGCUCUCAGACCCUGGUCUUUGAAGGAGCUCUCCCUCCAAAGCCAAGGCUCAGCCUAAAACUUUUAACCACCCCUACCAGUGGUUUUUUCAGAAGCCUUAUUUAUGACAAUAUAUACAUUAGAUACAGAUUGCUUAAUUUGCAUAGGUGCCAGACAUAGAGAUACUCAAAAUUUGGCAGGUAAGCCCAGACUCCAAGGGUGUGAGUGUUGCAAGAGGGAGGAGACAGGGUCCUUGUUUAUGUUCCUGUGAGGAUUGCUGCUGGCAGGGCAAAAUGGGUUUAACUGGAACCCGAAAGGUUUCAGAUCAAAGCUGUGAAAGAACUGUAAAACACAUUCUGCUCUCCUUCUGCACUGCUCCAGCACUCUCUUAUUCUUUGCUUUAAGCAAAAACUUUGACUGUGGUCAAAUUAUUAUGCGUGUGAAGAAGGUGCCACUAAAGACAGCUGCAGCAGGUUUUGGCAAAUCAGCUAAGUGUGAGACAUCCCGGUGGAACCUUGUCAGGUUUAGCAGUGAUGGUUACACAUUGUCUGCCUCCCAUCUCCCCCACCUCACUGCUGGGGUCCUUGCACUUGCAGUGGCCAAAGCUGGGGCUUGCUGCCUCAGCCCACACAGUCCACCAGCCAGACACAGUGGAGAAAUUGCCUUUAUCAGCAUCUGCUCCUGUUUCCCAUGCUGCUGGGACAGACGGCACUGGGAGAGGGCACAGCAGAGAUGGGGGAGGUAAAGUGUUACAGAUUGCUGCUGUUUAGUUUGGCAGAGCCCAUCUGUCAGGGCCUUUAAAAUGCAUUCAGUCCCAAGAUGGAGGUUUCCAGCACAAACCAAGCAGCUUUAGUUUGAUGCUACUUAGUAGGAUCUGCUCAUAAUGAACCAAAAACUUGGCUAGGCACCUCUGCCAAAUCUAGCCAGGCAGUUCAGUGCAUUAGCAUAACCAACUUACUGCUCUUCCCUGCAGAGUGGAACAAGAUGGGUAACACACCUCAUCCCUUCCUGUUCAAAGCCCAGGGUUUUGUCUUAAGCCAAUAAUAAUGGUGGGCUUGUGCAAAAACACUGAGCUGUAAAUGAGAAUGUUCCUCAUAAAUGCUUGAAUCCUGUUCUGCUACCUGACAAAAGAGAUUAAUACUUUGUCACUAUGAUACCUCAAGAAGGGGAGAUUUGUUAGAGUUUUGCAGACCCUUUGCUUUUGAAUGAGAGGAUCUAUGUAGAGUUUAAGAUGUCUUAAAUUCUACACAUUUUAGCUGAUUCAUCUUGAGUUUUCUAGGUGGAGACAUGGCAGAAAUUUGCUAAAAAUCUAAUUGAAAUUUUACCUGUUGGCAAAACAACAGCUACGAGUAAUUAUUGUGAAGGCACCUGUUGACAACUGAGGUUACUUAAACCCUCUUUGAUUUCAUCACUUGUCUUUAGUAAGCAGAAGGCACAUCAUCGGAAAUUCUGCUGUCUGAGGAUGACAGCAGAUUGGGGAUGUGGUUAUCUGCCUUCACUUACUCCACUCUGAACACUCCCUCUCAGAGGCUGAGUGGGAUGGCCAGAAAAUAGGGAGGAUGUGGUUUCUGAAUUUUGAAUCAUGACAAUUUUUCCCCAAUACUUUUAUCUAUAGUAACUAAAAAAAUUCCAGCCUGGUAAUUAGACUGUAGUUGGUCUCAGGCUCUGUGGGCCUUGACACUGGUUUCUUAAAUUUCAGGACUAACCAGACUAAUCAAAUUAGAUUUUUUAAUUGAAAGUUCUCCUAAACUGAUAGUCAAUUGGAGGCCAAGCUGAGCAACAGCUUUUUGGAAGUCAUUCUGGUACUUCCACUUCUGUUUGUAUUUCUUCCCAAGGAACUCUUUAGUCCCACACUAAUUCUUUUUGUAAAACCUUGUAGUAGAGGCGUAUGCAGGCUGCAUACUAGAAAUAGAUAAUAUGUGAGAAAAUAUUUCAGCAAUUUGAUCUUUGCUAUUUCAGCCUGUCUUUGAAUAGAUGACCUUCAGAGAUCCUUUCCAGCCCUAUUUGUUCCACUCUUCAUAAUACCUGUGAAUUGGUAUUUAUGGGUACCAUGGGAGCAUAAUGACUGAAAAGAAGUGGAUGCCUCUUGCUUACAAAGAUUUCUUACUGGUAAACCAGUUAAUUACAUGUCAAAAAAAAAAAAACAAAAAAACAACCAAACCCAACUAAUCAAUGAAAAAGCACCCCAAAAAAACCUUUGUGAGGCCUCCAGAACCUUAAAUAUGUACCUCAGAAUAGCUGAACUCUAUUUCUCUAUUUUAGACAGUAAAGAUAUGAUAAAUAUUUCUUCUCAGAUCAGGCGAGAGCACGUGGAAGGGAAAUGUGGUACUUUUGUCAGUUUUUACCCAAGUCCUUCCUGGCUAGGGGGUUCAGCUGGUACUUGGGUCACUUCUCUCGUGCAUCUGGGUAACAGCAAGUGAACAAAGCCUCAAGUGAUUAGCAGUGGUUCCUGCAGGACCCUAAGAGGUGGCUUUCAGCGCACUUCAGUUCUUCCUAGUGACAGGAUUAUCUUGGUCCCUGAUCAGGAUGAAACAGGGAUGCAAUGUAUCCCACAGAUAUUCCCCAUGAGAACUUGUGUUUACAGCCUGCAGUUCUGCUGCACUAAGCACCAACUCCAGUGGUUUGUACAGGAUUAGAUAUUGGUGUAGUACCUGACCCUCUGUGUAGUUUAACACCAAACUUAAAUUCAUUCUAUAUUCAAGCUUCACUAGAUUUAAUGAUCACCUCUUUCAGUCUUUUCUCAAGUUGGCUGACACAUAUAAACCUGUUACUACUGUGAUAUGAACCUUUUUCCUGGCGACUGUUCAGCUUAUCUCUGAAAUUCAUCUUCAGGCUUUGGACCACUCUUAUCCUGAAAGGUGAGCAAUACUAAAAUGCAGCAAUCUGACCAUCACAGUGCAUCAUAAACUACCUAUGGAAAAAUCUGACAGAUGCCUUACUUAGAAAUGCUUUGGUUUAGGUAUGUCAUUCUAUUUUGUUUCUUUAAUGCGUUUCUAUGAAAACAAGGUCAUGGUUUAGAAUUUAAUCUUCUCUGUAUUCCUGACUUCAGUCAUAACCUCUGUCCGCGUCAGAAUUAGCUGGGACAUCAUCUUUACGGCAUACACCAGGUUUGAAAGAGAUCUUUUCAUCUUUUCAUCUUUCUAGCUUUUUUUUUUUUUCCCUGUAAAGAUCUGAAACCUAAGCAGAAAAAUAAUCAAAGUUUUCUCAUCCUUUUAAAUUAUUCUUAGUGUGAAUUGAUUUUGUGGUAUUGAUUCCAGGAAUACUGUAAGCAGUACAGUAUUACAUGUCUGUAAGCAGUUAUAUUUUGUGCAAAUAUAUUAAAUAGUAAAAACAAUUGAGUGCAUGGAUUUAUAAAAAUAUAAUAAUUCUUUUAUACAUAUAACAUUCCCGUAUGUACACAGACAUAAUCAUAGAAAUUCAGUCAAUCAAUGUGGCUGCUGGUUACAUUAGUGCAUUUAUUUUUCUAUUCUAUGUUCUCACUAGAAAAGAUGAUAGUGACCUCGCAGUUGUCUUUUUCAGUGCAGAACAGCAUAUACAUUUGAAACUGAUUGUGAAAAAACACCCCAUGAAUUUCCAUGCGCAGCUGAAAAGGUGAGUAAGAAAACUGGUGAAAGAUGCAUUGCAGAAAAACACAGAAUAAAAUGUAACUUUAUACAUAAAGUUACUCACUACAUAAGUUAUUCACUACAGGAAAGGGGAUUUAAAUUCAAUGUCAGAAUGCCAUUAGCUGCCCUAGCUGAAACCAUGCCUUAUUUUAUUUUUGUUUUAAGGUGGUUGUAUUUGAACUAUUGAAAAAAGAAUACCAAAAUAAACAAACUUUCACUGCUACUUAUUCCUUGCUUCAAAAGGAUCUAGGAAAUGGUAGAUGUAUAGAUACUUCAAAUCAAAGUCCAGAGUUUGAUUAAUAGGCUACCUGACCUUUCCCAGGGAGACAGAGCAGGGAGGGCUGGAGAGGGCCGGUGCAGGGAAGAAGGGCUGUGCAGCUCUUCGGGGCUCUCCCGACUUGGGGCAAGAACUGCAUUUAUGCAUAGUGAUUUCUGAACUGCGUAUUUUCCACUCUCGUAUGAGUUGUCUGCUAUUGCUUAGGGGUUCACCUGCCUGCUGGUUUUGGGAUUCAUUGACUGUAAGUCAGUUCAGAAACAGUUAUAUGGGUAUAAGCUACAGUGCUAAAAGCACCAUUAGCCUAGUAUAACUAUGUUCACCCUACAGGGCAGAAAGUCACUUUAUUUAUAUUCUUAAGUUAAAACAUUACCAAAAUAUUACAAAAAAUCAAAUCACUCCUGAGAGCAAAGAGAUCAGAUGAAUGAGCUAUAUUGCAAAAGCUGGUUGGAAUACUGUAGUGUUUAUAGUGCUAAUGUUGGUACUUUAGAAUUAUCUGCAUUGUAGCUUAAAAAUAAAGUCAUAAAUAUUUCAA